AUGUUUGUCUUUUGUUCUAAAACAUUGGUUGGUGUGAUGAUACAUACUCUAGAGAUAGACACCUUGGACCACAAAUACAGAAAUGAUAAAGAACUAGGUAUUCAUCACCUGAUCGAUCAAUCAUCAUCAUUAUCAAUGGGAUUCACAAGUUUCUUUUCAAAAGAUAAGAAAAAGGAUCAAGAAAAGGAUAAAGAAAAGGAAAAGGAAAAGGAUACCAAGGAGAACAAGAGACAUACUAUCGCACCAUCAAAAUCAACAACAACAACAAAGUCGACGCCUACGACAACUCCUCCUCAAUCAAAUAAUAAUAAUAAUGUUACUCCACCACCUCCAACAACAGCACAUAGAAAUACUAUUGUAGGUGUAUCUACUACUCCUCCAAACAACUCAUCACCUGUUUCAUCAUCUCCUGUAUCAUCAUCUCCUGCUGUAGUAUCUCCUGUAAAGGUUGCUUCGACUUCAAAUACUGCUGCUGCUGCUGCUGCCACUUCAUCAGAUAACACAGCACCAUCAACUUCUACUUCUACUACGACUAGUACUACUUCCACAGUACCAAUCUCAACCACUAACAACAACAAUGUAUCAACACCCUCUUCAUCUUCACCCAGUACUGGAACAUCUCCAAGUAAGACAACUACGACACCAGUUCUAGAGACUACUACCACUACCACUACUACUAGAACGUCACCAUCUAAAUCUGUUUCUUCACAUACUGCUUCUCCUGCAGUCACUAGUACAUCACCAAACAAGACAAAUACAACUACGACACCAACACCAACACCAACACCAGUUUCAGAGACGACUAGAACAUCACCAUCUAAAUCUGUUUCACAUCCUGCACCUGCAGUAACUACAGAGACAACCAACCCUAGGGUACAACCAUCUAAAUCAGUCUCAAAACCAGCUCCUGUUGUUUCGAAACCAGUUGUUUCUCAACCACCAACUGCAACAGCUACAACAACCCCGACAACGUCAGUAGUAAAUAACAAACCAACCUCUAUCACUGCAUCCACUUCAACUUCUGGAUCAAAAUUAGCAACCUCUGCUCCACCAGUCGUAGUCACUACCAAUACUGGUGUAUCUAAACCUGCACCAAAGGUUGCUCCUCAAUUAUCACAAUCAGCACCUGCUAAAGAAUCUACAACAACAACAACAACAACAACAACAACUACAACAAAUACUACUGCUCCAGUUGUUGUUACUCCUCCUGUACCAUUAAAUAAUAAUAAUAAUCAUACGAUUAAAUCAUCAACAACUACCACAACUGCACCACCUACUACAAUUGAUGCACCAAAACCAAAUAGUUCACAAAUUACUCCAUCCAAUUCAAGUACAAGUUUAAUCAAUAGUAAUGGAAGUGGUAACAACAACGGUGGUAGUAAUAGUGGAUUUAGAAAACAUCCAACUGUGAAUGUACUAACACCACAAUCAAGUCCACUACAACAAUCUGCAUCAUCUUCACCUGCCAAAGCACCAUCUGUACCAAAUUUAAAUGAUACAAUUGAACAAAAGAAAUUGGCCAAACAAGGUGCCAUUGCGACUAUGGAGACACAGGCACGAGCCUGGGUAUGCGAUGUACUCAAGAUUGAGUUGGACGAAUCACAAUCAUUCUUUGAACAUUUUAAGAAUGGUGUGUUGUUGUGUAAACUGAUCAACACUAUCAAACCAAACAGUGUCAGACGUAUCAAUGAAUCUGCCAUUGCCUUUAAGCAAUUAGAGAAUGUUCAAAAUUAUUUAAAGGCAUGUCAGACUGUAGGAAUGUUGGAUGUUCAUUUAUUCAACUCGAUCGAUUUGCACGAGAACAAGGAUAUUGGAUUGGUUAUCACCAACGUGUUGGUACUUGGCAAGUUUGCAGCUAGAGUUGAGGGAUACGAAGGCCCUCAUCUUGCAGGCGAGCGUAAAAACAUCAAAAUCACAACUACACCUGCCUCUCCUCUAUUUGGAGAGAGUCUCCAAUUGAGUAAGGGAGGAGACAAGAUAUUGGCAGUCGACGAGAAUGGAAAGAAAAAGUGGAGAAAAUCAGUCAAACGUGUUGCACCAAUGGUCACUCCACUCAACCUCGAUAUCUCUGCCAAAGAGGCUUUCAAAUAUUCACCCGAACUAGAAUCAUCUGCUUCACAAUGGAUUCAAGAUGUUUUGAAUCAAAAAUUACCUUAUCCAUCUCUAAGACAAUCUUUAAAAGAUGGUGUUUUACUUUGCAAGGUUAUAAAUAGAAUUAAAGAAAAUACUAUUGCAUAUAUUAAUACUGGAAAAUCAGGAUUUAAACAAAUGGAGAAUAUAGCCAAUUAUUUAUGGGGAUGUCAACAAUUGGGAUUAAAGAAAUUGGAUUUGUUUGACACUACUGAUUUGUACGAAGAAAAGAACUUUAACUUGGUUAUUUCCAACGUGCAUGUGUUGGCCAACCACGUAGCCAAGAUGCAUCCAGAGGCCAAGGUGCCGGCGAUUGCACAGAGCCAGUCGGGUCAGGUCUACAGCUCAUUGGUACACUCGCGGUUCGGUAUGCCGGGCAGCUCGUGCAACGGCGCGGGUGGCGAGCUCACCGACGAGGCCAAAGACCUCAUCGCAUGGAUCAACGGUCACCUCGAACACGACCGUCAAGGCAUCGAGCCGUGCAAAAACAUUGGACAUGAUCUCAAUAAUGGUGUGGUGCUGAUUCUUUUGUUGGAAGAACUGACGAGUCUCCGCGUUGGUAUUUACACUCGCGACCCAUCUCUACCAUGGCACUUUAUGCAAAACAUCUCGCUUGUACUAAACUUUAUGCGUGAGAAUGCCACCAACUUUAAUAACGGUAGUGUCAGUGCCCACGAUAUCUUUAAUGGCAAUGUCACUUCGAUUGUCAACCUGCUCAGAAUGAUCAGAGAAAACUUUGACCGUGAACACUUUUUCAAGACCGUCCCCAUUGACACGCGUCGUCACAAGGUUGUCGAGGAGAUUGUUGUCACUGAGCAAACCUAUGUCAAGAACCUCUCUGUCCUCUUUCAAACUCUUAUCGUCCCAUUGGAAGCUUUGGCCGACAGCAAUGCUGGUGGUGGUAUCACCCGUGACGACAUUUACUCAAUCUUUGGUAAUUGGGAGAAAAUCCUCAAACAUCAUGCUCUAUUAUUAAAAGAAUUUGAAGAUAGAAUGGAAAAUUGGAUUGAAUCUUCAACUUUUGGUGAUAUCUUUAUUAAAAAAUGUGAUUUCUUAAAAGAUACAUAUUCACAAUAUAUUAAUAAUUAUGAUAAUUCAUAUUCAAGAAUUAAAAGAUUAAGAAAGGCAAACAAAAUAUUUGAUGAUUCUGUCAAAAACUUUGAAGUCUAUCAAGACUCUACAAAUGGAUUGGAUUUGUAUAGUUAUUUGAUUAUGCCUAUUCAACGUAUUCCAAGAUACCUCUUAUUGUUAAAAGAAGCUAUAAAGUAUACAUCAAAUUCUCAUCAAGAUCAUAAAAUGUUAUCAGAUGCCAAAGAUAGUAUUCAUCAAGUUGCCAAUCAUGUCAAUGAAAGUAAAUUAAUGUCUGAUAAUUCAAGAAAAAUUGCUUCUAUUCAAGAUUCUAUAUCAAAUUUGGAAUUUAAUUUGGAUGAAAAUGAUAGAAGAUAUAUUAGAGAAGGAUUUUUAGAAAUUGAAGAUACAUUUAAUAAGAAUUCUUAUUUCUUUUUGUUUAGCGACAUCUUAUUGUUUGUUAGAUACAAACCAUCAGAGGAAACUGGAAAGGAAUUCAAGUUUAAGGAAUCAUUCCAAUUGACUGAAUUUAAUGAUGUUUGUGAUAUUUUAUCGGAUGAUGAAGAUGACGAUGAAGACGAAGAAGAAGAAGAACUAGUACAAAAGAAAAAGAGAGUAACAUUUGCAAAACCACCAAAAUUCGAGAUUGAAACAGAAGAGUUUAGUUUGGUUCUAAUAGCAGAAUCAGAAGAUGAAAAGUUUGCUUGGAUGGAAGAUAUUAGAAAAUGUUUACAAGAAAAUUUAAUCAAAGAUGAAGAUCAAGUAUCUGAUCUUUCACUCAAUGGCGACGGUCAAGGAACAAGUAGUGAAAGUGAUGAACAAGAAAAUUAA